AAUUCUAAACUCGAAUCUACUCGAGUCAGGAAAACAUCACAACUGUUUCCACUCUCAGCAGAUUUUCAUGUCUUUAAAUUUUAUCCAAGUUCCAAGUUUUUCCAAGUUUUUGUUUCUGUUUUCUCAACGAUGUUCCCAACACGAGGCAGCCGCUGCCCCGGACCCCUGUGCCACUCCACACCCAAGCCAGAACGCAGCUCGGGUCCUUGCAGGAGCCGUGGCAGUCUGGCCAUCAGCGCCUAUGGAUGGUACCGCGUGCUAGUCUUCUCCAGCGACCACCGGGAGACCAUGAAACGGGUUCUGCGGAGACUGGGUCGGCAGCUGCGGCCCCAUUACUUGGAUCCUCGGUAUGGGCACCUGGGUGGGGAGACGGACGCCACGGAGGACGCCGACGCCUUCCUCACGUUCUAUGUGAACGACUACACGCAGGCCAGGGAGCUGCAAGGCCUGAGCAGACAGCAGCUGGGUCCCCUCAGGGUCAGGGUCAACGGCAGGACGCCCUGGAUGCGGCUGACUCCCGCGUACUGUCAGCGCUUGCGGCACGCCGUGCGCUCGCGGUACGAUCCCGUCCGUCAAAGCCUGGACCUGGCCCUCUUCCACCUGGCCCCCGAAUGGAGGGCUGAGUUUUGUGCCCUGGCUCAGCCCUGCUGCCUGAGAGCUGUGAUCGGCAUCGUGGCGCAGGAAAUGCCGCAUCUGCUGCACCUGCGGCUGGACAUGAACUAUUUGAGGGAUCUGCGGCCGUUCCACGAUGUGGAGCGUCGCUUUCCGCGGCUGCAGUACCUCUCCCUGGGGGACAACCGUCUGGACAGUGUGUCGGAGCUGCAGGUCUUCCGACUUCUCCCGCUUAUCGAGCUGGAUCUCAGGGGCAAUCUGCUGCCCGCCAACUAUGAACGGAGUGUGCGCGACAUAUUGCCGCGCCUGCAGAUCCUGAACGGCGCUGAGCUCCACCCAAGGCCACACCAGAGGAGCAGCUCCCUUGCACUCCACAACUGCCGCAGCGCUCUUGUGUCCAGGCUGUGCCGGGAGACGGGUAUGAACUCCUAUUGGAGCCGUGGGGCCCUCGAAGUCAACGAUUGGCACUACUCGAAGGCCUUGUGGGCAUUCGCGAAGUGUCACAAAAAUCGCCAGAUACCCAGGCAUGCCUUUGACUCUUCCAAAAUUACGUAUUUCAAUUGAUUGUGUUCUGUUUUGUUCGUUCGAGUUUGUGUUACUGUUCGUUAAAAUAUCUUUUAUUUAGCUUUCGUUCCUCGGCAAUGGAA